CAUCAACAGGUGCUUUAGUAUUUGCUAAAAGAUAUAAAGGAGAAGCUAUUCAAUAUGACGUAAACUCAAUGUAUAUAUAUGAAAUGUUAAAGAAAGAGGCAUCAUGGCCUUUUGCACAAAGAAAUUCUCCAAAGAAAAGCCUUCAAUGUACAAGAUAUUUGCGAUAUAAUCCAUAUAGAAUUUAUACACAUUAUGAUUUAGAAUGUGCUAAAAAAAAUGGAUUGAAAGUAUAUUUAAUGAAUAAAUCACCAAAUGCAUUUAUAUAUGAAAAAAAUACUCAUAUUAGUAGAAGAGACAUGUUUGGUAAAUGGGAAAAUAUAUUAUAUAAUAUUAAGAAAGAAGGAGAAAUAGCUGGAAAAGUAAGUAAAGCAUUAUUAGUUUCAUUAUGGGAUAUCUUAUGUGAGCAAAGAAAUGAGCAAAAUUAUAGUACACACCUACAAAUAAAACUAUUCUUAUUAGCAUCAGCACGAAAAAGAAUAUCAGAAAUUGUAAAACCACUAGGAGAUCAAGUAAAACGUAUACAUACAGAUGGUUUUAUUGUAGCUGGAAAAGUAAAACUUAAAAUGGGAAUAGAAAUAGGCAAGCUAAAAUUAGAGAAAAGAGGAGUUUGUGUAGUAAAAAAUUGUAUAUCUGUUACAUGGAAACCAUCAUAUCCAGAAAUUUCAAAUUUGACUAUUUUCGAAAAAAAUGAGCUUCGUACUACAAAUAGUUUAUUAGAUUUUGGAAAAAUACAAGAUAAAGAGCAGAAUACAAAGUUAGAUACAGAGUAUCCUAUCUCACAGACAGUAAAAAGAAAACCAUUAAAAAGGUCUGAUAUAAAUCUUUCAAAUGAAAUUAUAAUAGAAAUAUUUCAACAUCUACGAACACAAAAUAAUAUAUUAAACACGAAGUGUUCUGCUUCGCAGUGUACUAAUAAUGAAUUAUUAUCAUCAGUUUUAUAUGUUAAUAAAUGA